GGCUACCAUAAAGCCUUGGUCAAAUUAAAACUGAAAAAAAAUACCGUGGAUGACAUUUCAGAGAGCCUGCGGCAAGCUGGGGGCAAGUUAAACUUUGACGAGCUUCGACAAGAUCUCAAAGGGAAGGGCCAUACUGAUGCAGAGAUUGAAGCAAUAUUCACAAAGUAUGACCAAGAUGGAGACCAAGAACUGACCGAACAUGAACAUCAGCAGAUGAGAGAUGACUUGGAAAAAGAGAGGGAGGACCUGGACUUGGAUCACAGCUCUUUACCACGUCCCAUGAGCAGUCGAAGUUUCCCACGAAGCCUGGAUGACUCUGAGGAGGAUGAUGAUGAAGACAGUGGACAUAGCUCCAGAAGGAGAGGAAGCAUCUCCAGUGGGGUUUCUUACGAAGAGUUUCAAGUGUGAGUAUAAGUGAAUUAACAGAGUUUGGGUUGACAAGAGUUCAAAUGGGGCCAAGCAAUUUCCCCCAUCUCUCUCAAUUUACUCCUUUCCAUUACUAUCCAU